UCCAUCUAUCCAACCGCACAUGCACCCAUCUAACGUUCUAACCAUAAAAGCCCUGAAGUAGUAAAUGCAUUCUAAAUAAAUGUAGAAGGGGAAAAAGCAGGCAAUGGUCAAAGAUUAAUACUCAGUGAUUCAGGUAGUCAAGCAUUUUGGCUGUUUGGAGAUUCCUUCAUUCUACCAUAUAGAUUUGUGUAGCAGCAGUGACGAAAACAGUGUAAAACAGUGGAGAACAGUAGCCAGUAAGGGAACCUAGUAAUUGCCUAGUAAUUGUCGUGCGUUGUAUAAUAGUUAGUACCAUUGAUUACUUGAGUGUCAAGUGUUGUGUGUCGACGAAGCGUGCAGUGUUGCAAGACUCGAGACUUGCAGGUUUCGAUCGUUCCGAGAAGGAUCUUUCAACAGUGCAGAAGAAAAUUUAACAAGUGAGAUAUCCGUCCAAAUCGUCCGAAAGCGUUAUAAAAUCCAUUCCGCUGCCAAUUCUCAAGAUCCAAGCUAUCGAUUCAUUUUUUUCGAUUAUUCACGAUCACUGUGGAUCCCUUUUUUAAUGACAGGGUUUCUCUGAGGGGAUGGCGGCAGUCUUCGACAUCGAGCUUCAUGACGCGGACGUGGUGCCAAACGACGACUCCGAGGACGACGUUAUUGAAAUAGGCGAGGUGGAAUACGAUCCUAAUCCAAAUGUGCAUGCUAUUAUCGAAUCAGAAGAAGUUGAAACUGUAGCUAUAUCAGAGCAAAAUGUCAAUUUAGGAAGAGAAAGAGCUGGACCACAAGACUUUGAACUAUGUAAAGUUAUUGGAAAAGGUGGCUAUGGCAAAGUAUUUCAAGUCCGUAAAAUUAGUGGUAACGAUAGUGGUACCAUUUUUGCUAUGAAGGUAUUACACAAAGCAUCUAUUAUAAGAAAUCAAAAAGAUACCGCACAUACUAAAGCAGAAAGAAAUAUUUUAGAAGCUGUUAAGCAUCCAUUUAUCGUUGAUCUUAUGUAUGCUUUCCAAACUAGAGGUAAAUUAUAUUUAAUACUUGAAUACAUGUGUGGUGGUGAACUUUUUCGUCAUUUAAAUAAUGAAGGCAUAUUUUUAGAAGAUACAGCAUGCUUUUACUUGUGCGAAAUAAUAUUAGCAUUGCAACAUCUUCAUUUACAAGGCAUUAUUUAUAGAGAUUUAAAACCCGAAAAUAUAUUAUUGGAUGCAGAUGGUCAUAUUAAAUUAACAGAUUUUGGACUUUGUAAAGAACACAUACAAGAAGGAGCAGUUACUCAUACAUUUUGUGGCACAAUUGAGUAUAUGGCCCCUGAAAUUUUAACAAGAAGUGGACAUGGUAAAGCUGUAGAUUGGUGGAGUCUUGGUACCCUUAUGUAUGAUAUGUUGACUGGCUCUCCACCUUUCACGUCUAAUAAUAGGAAAAGUACAAUUGAAAAAAUUUUAAAAGGCAAAUUAAAUUUACCUCAAUACCUUACACCAGAUGCUCGAGAUCUUAUCAGAAAAUUAUUAAAGAGACAAGUUUCGCAAAGACUAGGGUCAACAUCGACGGAUGCCGAACAAAUUAAAGGUCAUCAAUUCUUUGAGCUUAUCGAUUGGAAUGAUGUUAUAUCUCGUAAAUUGGAGCCACCUUUUAAACCAAAAUUAGCAAGUGAAGACGAUGUCUCACAAUUUGAUAAACUGUUUACGACGUCAUCGCCAAUCGAUUCACCUCCCGAGUGCACACUAAGUGAAUCCGCUAAUAAAGUUUUUCAAGGCUUUACGUACGUUGCACCAAGUAUAUUAGAAGAUAUGUGCUCUCAACCACGAGUAGUGAAUGCCAGAAGUCCGCGGAAAAAUAACAUGCGUGGGUUUUCGCCUCGCGGUAAUCACUUUCACAUGCAUAAUUCACAUCUGCAAAGUCAUAGACAUAAUGGUGUUGGUCAAAGUAUAGAAGAUGCAGAAAUGAUUGAAAUAGGAUAAAUAAUGUUGACUCAUUUAGUCUUCGUUAUUUAAUCUUCUCGUUUAGCUGUUGGGCUUCUAAGAUUAACUCUCGAGUCUCGGGAAGAGAUUUUAUAAAUAACACAGCUAUGUGAAGAGUUUUUCGAGAAUGUAUACAAUGUACAAUAGAUGCCUAAUAGCUAUGCAUAGUUAAAUUUUUUUAUUUGUAUAUAACGACUAACUACAAAUAUUAGGUAAGAAAUUAUUACACCUGAAAAACAGGAGUAAUGACAACAAACAGCUUUUUGAAAAGCCUAAAAUAAGUACAUUUAUCAUUUAAAUCCCAUAUAAAAAAAUAUUUUAUUUUAGAAAAAAUGUCAUACUAUAUCUUGUUUUUAAUUACUGUAACACUUAUAACAUUGAAAAAUCAUUUAUAGCUUCUAAAAUAAAGACCUAUAUGACAAUUUUUCUAAAUAGUUUAUAUUAUUACGUAUAAUUACAAUCUAAGAUAGCUGCAUCAGACAUAUAUAGUGGUUGAGAAAUAUGUAAUUGUACCAUUCUAAAGAUUGAACUUAUAUAAAAU